AUGGUCAGAAGAAAGUCUGUGACAACUUUACAACUCUGCUGGACAAUUCUUCUUGUUUAUUCUGUUCCAACAGUUCUGACGAGUGAAUAUAAAAAAGCAAAGAAAGGGGAUAAUGUUACCCUCAUGUGUAACGCAAAGAAACCCUUAAAUUGGUGGAAUAAAAAAGGCGACAUUAUCGGUCGGCAGAAAGGAAGAAUUCAGCAAAACAUAUAUGGCAACCUCAUCAUAAAGUCUGUUCGACUCUCAGACAGCGGACUUUAUACUUGUUCCAAUAUUAAUGGCAGCGUCAAACAUAAAUCAAUAGAACUCAAAAUAUCAGCCGCUCCGUCUUUUUUCAAUGUAACCAGUGAGGUUAAUGUGAAGAAGAACGAGGAGGUCGUUCUCUAUUGCAAUGCUGAAGGACACCCUGAACCCAACGUCACAAUGUUUAUGUACGAAAAUGGACGGAUACAGAAAAUUGCCAAUGGUACAACGUUAAAUACGAGAAUUCCAUGUAAAUAUUGUAUAGUAGUUUUUUUGUGUAAAGCAGAAAAUAGUCUCGGGGAAGAUUCCGUCAACAUAACGGUUAAUGUCGUUGGUAAACCAGAAGUCAAAAUUUUAGAGAGCCCUGUUACUGGAGAUACCGUAUAUGCAAUGGUUAAAAAACGGGAAACUUAUCAAGACGACAAAUGGGAAAUCAAUUAG